AUGGCGGAACAUGUAGAGGCUCGUUCGUUAGCCUCACUCAACGCCCUUGCCAGUAACCCACCUCAAUAUCCCACAAAUCCAACCGAAAAGAAGCAAGAGCCUCUUACUUUAUACAUUUCCAGAGUACCAGGCACUCGAGACAUCAUCUUAUCGACCUUCAAGCCACAGAUUAAAAACGUCACAGCCGAAGAUGUUGCUAGCUCUCUGUACUAUGUGCAUCUCAACACGCCAGAAGAUGAGCUCUUAGUCUCGCCACAGGAAGGCCCAUCGCGACCAAGCCUGGAAAGUGCGAGAAGUGGAAACCUUAUCAACCGGAAGCCAGUGGCAGGCGUGCCCAAUCCCUCUGGCUUGGGCAAAUAUCCUACCGCACAAGCUUCUGAACUGCCAUCAGCAGUACCAAGUGGAAAGGAAAACCAACCAUUUGUUCCGCAUGCCCAACAGGAGCCCCCGGCAUAUGCGGGAAACGCUUCAGCGCCUGAUCCAUCUCGUCAGAUGUCUAUUCGCAGGAAACCUUUGGCCUUGCGAGAUGUGACGUUUGAUACACAAGCCAGACCUCCAACGCCCCCUCCACAUCGAGAGCUGCCCAAUCUUCCUCCAAGGCCGGAUGAGAUUGAUAAUUAUCCUGAAUAUGGCACGACUCCAUUAGCGCCACCUUUCCCAUUGCGGCCAGAGACUCGUUCGCCGUCUCCAUCAAAACGCAAGCCCUUUACUCCUUUUUCACUAACCUUGAUUCGCCGCGAUCGCACCUCUCACCAACAAUGGAACGUAGGAAGGCUCGCAUCAUUUCAACUCGAUCAUCCCGAGGAUUUCACUGACGAAAAGUACAUUCCUUCGCCCUCGAUCAGCAUACACCUGGAGACUCCCGGGUACUCGAAAUUUCGUGGUAUGCCACUGCCAGGUGCAGCAUUCGAUAUCAGGGACAUUAGAGAGAGUCUUGACAUAAUACGCCCUGGUAGUGCUGCUCUGGCACCUGGCCUCUCGCACGCCUCACCUCAGCGUGCACGCGCAAAGCCCGCUGAGCCUGCGCCGUUGCAUACCUCACCAAUAUCAGCUAAUAUUUUCGAGCGCGAGGUCAAGAUGGUCUACGCUCCUUCUUGGUCUGCCAAUAUUCGCAAAGCCUUCCGGCGUCGCGAGUCACGAGAAGACGACUUGCCUGUCUCCCCUCGGCGGCCCGGCCAUGACAGGCACCAUAGCAACAUCUCCGUCGGCUCCUUUGGGGGGGACUUUGAUGGCAGCGAAGCACCAGUAAUCACAAUGCCUAGUCAAGGUCUCAAACCACAAGGCUAUAUGUUCAUAAGUCCCUGGGACGGGCGGUGUGAAUUUCGAACUGGCAAUGGCGGCCGCAGCCUGCGAUGUCGACAUGUUCUGCCUUUGCACGCGAACCAGUGGAAUCCACUCGCGGAUGGAAUUGACGAUGGACCGGGCGGCUCCAAAGGGCAUAGUAGAAAUGGCUCCCGGAGUCCUAAAGUUAAAGGCAAUGAUAUAUCCGAGCUUCGGUUCAAUCUACCCUCAUCGGAGCUCUUCAACGCUAAGCACUCAGAUCCUAGUAAGCCCCACGAGGCGCGCGAAAGGACUAGGGAUAAGAUCUUAAACUCCAUAACCAAUAAGACCGAAGACGACGUGGAUGAUGAGGAAUACGAGAGUGUUGGCUUUGACAUGAGUCUCGGCCGCGAACGAGCUGGAGGAGGUAUAAGGGGUAAGAGGGCCAAGAUGGGCAAGCUGAUCAUCUGGGAUGAGGGGUUGAAGAUGUUGGAUUUAGUUGUUGCGGCUAAUGUUGGGGUUUGGUGGAGUGUUUGGGAGCAGAAGGCUGAAUGA